AUGAACAAGUGGCGAACGGUGACGUUUCUGGCCAUUCCGGCGUGCGCGGCGUUUGGCGUGUACUCCUUCGCGACGGCGGAACACGGCCACGGAGAGGAACAACCGGCGUACUCGUACUUGAAACGAAGGUCGAGAGAGCAAUGGCCGUGGGGAGGCGAUUUGGGGUUGUUUGAAUACCCUCACAAGGAAGAUGGCGGACAUUAA